AACGACUCGGUGAAUACUGUUAUCAAACUUGAGCUUCCCCUAUUCAGGACCCCUCACUCAACUGCCCGCCGUUACAAUGCCAUGAGCGAUUCGAAUGGGCAAGCCGGUGGCGAUACUGAUGCGACAGACCAAAGUGGCGAUGAUGCUGAUGGAUCCAUUGCUGUACGCCACGUAUCUGCACCUGUCUUGAAGCUGAAGGCCGUCACACCGGGCCAGGAGACUCGUGCUUCACCUAUGACCAUUGUUAUAUCCAAGGACUUGAUCAGCAACAAGCUACCGACUGCCGCCAUGACUAGCACCCCUAUUCCUCGUCACAAGGAGAAUAUACCCGAGGGAUCUCAUGGUCCGGUUUCGGUCAAACCGACCUCGUCAUCGUCCCCUCUCAAGGAGGUUACCCAGCCAAACUCACCGGCAUGCUCGCUCGCUCGAGAUUCGCACCAGUCCAACAACCAUCGUGGCCAGCGAAGACGAUAUAACCGAGGCGGAGGCCGUGGACGUGGCCGCCAUGGCCACGCGAAAACCCCGGAUACACCUGGUGCUGCGGGUUCUCAUUCUCAUACUCAUGGCGCCCAUCAUUAAGUUGGCUUUCGCAACUUCUCAAUUAAUUCUGCGCCGCACAUUAUCAGAUUUCCUUUGUUCGGGUUGGCACCGAUCCAAUGUCACAGGAC